UGGCGGCGGCGGCGGCGCGGAGCCCGGCUGUGCCCGGAGCCCGCGGGCCAUGAGCGGGCGGGCGGCGGCGGCGGCGGCGGCAUGGGCGCCAGGCAGAGCAAGGGCGGCGGCAGCCCCGCGCCCCGCAGGAAGGCGUUGGGCCGGGACGGCGGGGCCAGGGCGGCGCCCCCCUACCGCCGCCGCGUGGGGCUGGUGCAGGACCUGCUGCUGCUCGUCCAGCAGGGCCGCCAGCACGAGGCCACCGAGCUGCUCCGGCACCUGCGCCAGGACUUAGGAAUGGAGUCGACCUCGCUGGAUGACGUCCUGUACCGAUAUGCCAGCUUCCGCAACCUGGUGGACCCCAUCACCCAUGACCUGAUCAUCAGCCUCGCUAGAUACAUUCACUGCCCCAAACCGGAGGGAGACUCGCUGGGGGCCAUGGAAAAGCUCUGCAGACAGCUGACCUACCACCUCAGUCCACAUUCGCAGUGGAGACGCCAGGGCAUCAUGAAGAGGAAGCCUCAGUCCUGCUUGAAAGCUAUCCUGGUGGGGAAGCCCGCAGACAACACGGUAGAUCUGUCCGGCAUCCCACUGACCCCGAAAGAUCUGGACCGUGUCAACUUGUACCUCCAGCACAGCUCAGAGCACAUUGACAGCGUGGAGCUGUGCUUCACCGAACUGACCGAUGAGAUGCUCCUCCAACUCUUGCCUGUCCUCAGUGCUCUGCCUCAUCUCACCACGCUCGCCCUGAAUGGGAACCGGCUCACAAAAGCCGUCCUUCGGGAUCUGACAGAAACGCUGAAGGACCUGAAGAAGUUUCCCAGGGUGACUUGGAUUGAUCUGGGCAACAACGUGGACAUCUUUUCCUUGCCACAGCCCUUCCUGGUCAGCCUACGGAAACGAUGCCCGAAACAGGGCAACUUGCCGACCAUCCUGGAGUUUGGAGAGGGCCAGAUGAGUGACUUGGAAAGCCAGGAUGGCCUGGCAGAGAGUCAGGAGGAUGCGUGCUUAGGUGAUGGAGGCAGAAAUGAACCCGACAAGGUCAACAACACAGGCUCCAGACAGCCCCUGCCAGACCGAACAACGGAGGUCGGGACACUGCCAAAUAAACACGACUCCGAGAAGGAGGCUGCCUGCGUGACAGCUGCAGUGACAUCUCAAACAUGAUGUUCGGCUGUGUAUCACCGGGCUGGGUACUUUACACAGAGACACUUUAAAACUGAUACCUCAACUAUGAAGGUUAUUAAGGGUUGAUUUACAUGUUCAGAUUUCUAUACAAUGCUUUGAGAACUUGAGACUGGCAAUUUCUCUCAUCCUUGCAAAUGUCGUCUUAUUUCUUUUCAUACAGAACAUAAAUGUGAUCAUUGUAUACCUAUAUUUUUUAAAGCUGACCACAUAUUUUUAAACAUUAGUGAUGCGCUAUGCUUUCUCUCUUUCCAAAAACAUUGGUCUCUGUGGUGUCGUAAUACCAGCCCCUUAAAUAGCACAGAAGUCGAAGAAAACAGAACAGACUUUGCAGGAAGGAUUUCCUUUUUGGAAGAGAGAUCAUUAAUACCAAAAUCUUGGUUUUCAAAUAGCCUCUCUCUCGUAUGUGAGCGACAGGCUGCUGUUGUCCCAAAGAGGACUCUUGCAGAGACAAAAAUUAAACCUUUUUCCUUUCUCAACUGGCAUUGCAAGGUAUCGUGCUUGAUUAGUAAAAACAAGUAGGGAUCUUUCCCUGCACCAGCUGCCAAGCAGUGAGGAGGAAAUUCAGCCCUUUGUAGAGGGUCUGUGCAACAAGCACCAUGUAACCGGUGCAUAUUCUUCGUGCUGGGCACCUGCAGAAAGGUGCACUUCCACUCAAGUUCCUGCUUCCUUAGCUCUAUUCACAAUCCAGAACCACUGUCUCUCUCUUUAGCCUUAACAGGAGUUGGACCAGCAAACUGACCUUGACUUUGCCAAACCCUAAGCCCAGUUCUGCUCUUAGUCAUGCCACUGUGAACCCCAGAUAACUCGUGAUCUCCAUGUCAUUACUUGGGGUUUACGUCAGCGGAUCUGAGAGUGGCAUUGGGUCUGUUUUUAGAGACUCGGGGGGCCAUCUGCAAAGUUGGGCUCACGGCUUGUAGUUCACAUCUGUCUCGAGAUGCAGAAAAGGGAAAAAACUGCCAGAUGCUUAUCACAGUACUGAAUGUUUGUAAAUGAAAAACAAACCCUUUCCAAAGGAGGUUUUUAUACACUGCCAUGCUGGGGUAGUCAGGCGUCAGUCAGCUGAAGGCCUCUGCAAGGCUUUUAGGUCAUUUGACUCCCUCCUUCCUCCCAGUGACCAGAAGUGCUUUGUUUCUAAAAAUUUUUAGAAGAGGAACAGCUUUGAAUUGCUGACAGCAAAUGGACCACGUUACAGCAGAGAUGGGACUCCUGCUGCAGGGUUUGAACCCAGAUCUUAAUUUCCACUAAAUUUGGGGAGGGGAUAAGAGUGGAGGAAGGAUCUGAAACGCAGCAAGACCCAUCUCCACUUUCUAGAAUUUUAAUACAUUUACAAGGAUCAAACAAUUUCCUGGCAUAAAAUGUAGCCAAUUGGCUUUCCGCUAGAGUCCCUUUCUUUGAAUAGCUUUACUGCACCAACUCUCUGGCUCAGGCAUGAAUGGCAAAACUUUUGGCUUGGUUUUCUCUGGGUUCAAUUGCAUUCAAAAUUUUCAGUCUUCCCCUCGGCUCUGUCUACAUCAUAUCCCUGCACUAUAAAUCUGCAUGCCUUUUCCAGAGGGGCUUAACACUGCCAGUUGCUGCUUCUCCUUCAUAUGCAAGUAGCUAACUUAGAAGAGGCUCUGCUUCUCGUUUUACUAAAUCUGGCAAAAUUCAAUAUAAUUUGCAUGUAUCCAAGACUUUUUUAAAUGCUAAUUCUUUUCAACAGGCAUACAACUUUGCAGUGAGUAAACUAUUCUAUUUGAAAUAAAGGCACUAUCCAUAAUCAAAAUAAACGACAAUGUUUAAUAGA